CAUUGCGGACAUUAGUCAGAUCCUUUUUGACUGACAUAACGCGUCGACUCAGCACCCGACUUGAUCAUCUGCAUGAACAACAACAAUGUCGGAGAAAAAGAACACGAUACCCAAGUACAUGAAAUUUACCAUCGGCGGAUUAGCUGGAAUGGGCGCUACAGUGUUUGUUCAGCCCCUGGACUUGGUAAAGAAUAGAAUGCAGCUCAGUGGUGAGGGAGGCAAAAGUCGUCAGUAUAAAUCAAGUGGGCAUGCCUUAAUCACAGUACUGAGGAAUGAGGGCAUCACUGGGAUCUACACAGGUCUUUCAGCAGGACUUCUGCGUCAGGCGACUUACACAACAACAAGAAUGGGCAUAUACUCCUCCCUGUUUGAAAGAUUCAGUGUGGAUGGCAAACCUCCAAGCUUUUUCAAGAAAGUGUUUAUAGGUGUGUUUGCUGGAGGUAUUGGGGCAUUUGUUGGAACCCCGGCUGAGUUGGCUCUUAUAAGAAUGACAGCAGAUGGACGUCUCCCAGUUGAACAAAGAAGAGGAUACAAAAAUGUUUUUGACGCACUCAAAAGAGUGUGGUUAGAGGAAGGAUUUUUAGCUCUCUUCAGGGGAAGUGGCCCUACUAUAGGAAGAGCUAUGGUGGUGAAUGCAUCUCAGCUGUCCUCUUAUUCACAAGUUAAACAAUUUUUCCUUGACAGAGAAAUGGUCAAAGAUGGGUUGCUUCUCCAUUUCGUUAGCAGUAUGAUCAGUGGCUUUGUGACGACAGUGUUCUCAAUGCCUGUAGAUAUUGUGAAAACUAGAAUACAGAACAUGAAAACUAUUGAUGGAAAACCAGAGUACAAAGGAGCAAUGGAUGUUUUUGUGAAUACGAUACGAAAGGAAGGCUUUUUCAGUCUAUGGAAGGGAUUCUUGCCAUACUAUUUCCGACUGGGACCUCACACAGUCUUGACUUUCAUUUUCAUUGAACAGAUGAAUAGAAUUUACGCAACAACUGUUCUAAAAGAUGCCUCAGCGGGAAGGGGUUUAUAACUCGGAUGAUGUUUAGAUGAUAGGAUUUUUUAAAAUUGAAUUUCAGAGAAAAUUGAAGAGCAGCUGAUUUUGAAAUAUAUUUAUUAAAGAAGCUAGUUAUUCUCCACAUAUAUAUAUGAAUAUAAUGAAUUCUUAUGAAAAAACCUAGAAAAAUCAUGUAACCAUAAGCAAAUAUAAUGCUUAAUUUAUAGAAGGCAGCUGGUUUUUCUUUAAUAGUAUAAAUGCAUAAUCUGAAAUGAUUUAAAGAUCUUGCAAAGGUAGAAACUAGUUACACCAAAAAUACUCCCUCAAAACUACAGUUGUUAUUAUUUUGGAGUGUUAAAAGUAACUUGGGUAUUUACUGUAUGUAAUACAUGUAGUUAUAAGUAGGUCUACACUGUAUAUGUAUUAAGGUUUUAUGAAUAUGUUGAUUUGUUAUAACUGUGAUAUUUCAAAUACAGUUUCCAUUUUAAUAAAAAUGUAUUGUCUUUUA